AUGACACCACUGGUAAGCAAGAAGAUGGACCAAUUUCUGGACACACAGAAUCCUCUCAUCCUCUGCAAGAUGCUCCUCAGGAGAACCGGCCCAUCAGCAAUGAAGACCGAGAGAUAUCGCAACAUGCCCUUCCAAGUGGUGAAGAUGACGAAGAUGACAGCGAUAGCGACAGUGAUGAUGAUGACGUGAAAGUGACUAUUGGCAACAUUAAAACGGGAGCACCAUCGUACAUGGGAACUCCUAUGAAUCUAAACUUAAAAACGGGUAGAGGCUAUGGAGCGUCUGCUUCAGCCAAGUUGCAGCCCAAAGGUAUUGACUUGGAUGCUGCAGGGAAUAUAAAUGGGUUGCCUGUUAUCGAAGUGGAUUUAGAUUCGUUUGAAGACAAACCGUGGCGGAAACCAGGUGCUGAUCUUUCUGAUUACUUUAAUUAUGGAUUCAAUGAAGAAACAUGGAAAGCUUAUUGUGAAAAGCAGCGACGGCUUCAGCUUGGACUGGAUCCUGCUCCUCCCAUCAGCACUGAAAAUAAGAUUACAACAGGAAAUGCUGAAAAAGAAGUGGAAAACAACAUCAUCAAAACAGAAUUCAAAACAGACUUCUUGGCGCUGGUGGGAGGACGCAUGAAGGCUGGGCCUCCUCCCAACAGGAAGCUGGGUGGGACCAUUGAUGUGAUCGGUGGCCAGGCAGGCACGAUUAGGAGAGUAGAAGGACGACGACGUGACAAGCACGCCUCCGAGGAAAACCCAAUUCAGGUGCUUGGAGACCAUGGAAGUAAACCACAGCCACCCCAGCAACCCCAGCAGCCGUCCCAGCCCCAGCAGCCACCCCAGCAGCAGCCGUUCGCACCACCAGCAGGCCCACCACCGCCCCCGCUCGCUGGGCCACCUCCACCGCACUUCCUCCACCCUCCUCCUCCAGUGACAUCUGUCCCACCUCCGCUUCAUCCUCCAGGUCUGCCACCACCAGGUCCUAUUCCAGGGUUGUUCCCGCCUCCGCUGGCACCACCACCAGCUCUCCUCAUCCCAACCUUGGACGGCCAGCCAGCCAGCUACAAUAACAGGCAGCCGCCUCCGUUUGGCUACAACUCUGCAGAUUCAGGUUUCAUCAGCUACCCCCCCAUCUCCACGUCCCACACACCCUGGGUGACGACGGUGGACAAGGGCACAAGCAGUUCCAGCAGCAGCCAUUGGGAGUACUCGGGCUCCAGGCGCGAGAGGGAGCGGGAGCGAGAGCGGGAGCGAGAGCGGGAGAGAGACCGCGACCGCACUCCCACCACCAGUGAAUACAACAACGAUGAUGAACGAUACCGCUACUACAGCCGAGAGCGCAGCUACGACUUCGAGCGCGACUACCGCCGGAGUCGAGAUCGCAGCCGGGAGCGAGACGAUCGCCACCGAGAGCGCAGGCACAGGGACAAGGAGGAGAGCAGCAAGCAUAAGUCUUCGAGACGCAAACAACACGAGAGUGAGGAGGGGGAGAGCCACCGGCGCCACAAGCACAAAAAGAACAAGCGCAGCAAAGAGGAGAAGGAGGCCAGCGAGGACGGCGCGCAGGAGGGAGAGGAGCAGGAUGCCAAGGAGUAA